ACCGGAUCUUGUCCCGAGGAAGAACGUGUGAGAGCAAAACGGCGAUGGUGUCACAUCCGUUCGAAUGAAUAGACCCGUCUCACACUAACCUAUAAAUUAAUAAAUAAGUAGUCAUAUUUCUCUAUUUUAUUAUAAUGUAUAUACGCAGUAGUAAUUCUUCUACGCACAGUAUCUCACUUCACCUCUAUAAACUGAUAUUUGAUUGCUAUUUGUAAACAUUAUUUAAUCAAUGAAAGACGAUUUUAUGAGUUGUAGGUCAUCGAUUACUACAAAGGUAGUUGAAAUUUUGCACAGUGGUACUUCUUACGAAGAAAUGCUAUAGGCUGUGAUUUUUCCUUAUAUUUACCAUAAGAGCAAGGUUAAGUACUUCUGCUGCUAAUUAUACACAUACUAAUAUCAGAUGAUACAAGCUUAAAACUUCGGAUACAUCACUAUUUAUCAUCAUUUAAGAACUAAAGGAAGAUGUUAUUCAGAAGAGAUAUAACACUGUUUGUGUAAUUACUAUGAAAUGUUUCCUCUGAAAAUCUCUUGUGUUGUCUGGGACAUGAAAUUGAUGAUUUCGCAUUUUGAUUAAACUUGGACAAAUUUUACAAAAGGAUUUGCGGUGACUUCAGAUAUCAACAAAAUCACAGAGAUGAUGAAAAUAUAGAAAAUUCGAAAAGGAUAAAAUACUUAAACAAAAGUAAAUUUAUACAUUAUUUUUUUUUUCUCUUUUUGUGGUGAAAAAAAGAACAAUGAUGGAAAACGAAUUAUGUGGGGACCUGGUUAAGUGUAAAACAGAGCCUGAAAGUAUUGAUUUUCCUGAAAAGAUGCUUAAAGAGAUAAGAAAAACAUCAUAUUACUGUGAUAUCUGUAAAAAGUCAUUUGCUCAAAAAAGUAACCUUACAGCUCAUAUACGUAUCCAUACAGGAGAAAAGCCAUACCAGUGUGAUAUGUGCGGUAAAUCAUUCUCGCGAAAUGAUGAUUUAAGCAUACAUAUCCGCCUUCAUACAGGAGAGGAACGACAUCGCUGUGACAUUUGUGGUAAAUCAUUUUCCCAUGGAAGCACGUUGACUACUCACAAACGAACUCAUACUGGAGAAAAACCAUAUCACUGUGAUAUUUGUGGUAAAUCAUUCUCUCAAAAUUCUCACUUGACUAAGCACAAACGCAUUCAUACAGGAGAGAGACCAUAUCAGUGUCACAUCUGUGGUAAAUCAUUCUCUCGCAUAUAUACCUUAACUGCUCACAUACGCAUUCAUACAGGUGAAAAGCCAUAUCAUUGUGAUAUCUGUGGUAAACCGUUCUCUCUAAAAAGUCACAUAGCUUCUCACAGACCCGUUCAUACAGGAGAGAAACCAUAUCACUGUGAUAUCUGUGGUAAAUCAUUCUCUCAGAAAUAUCAUUUCAAUAAACAUAUGUGCAUUCAUAUGCAAGAGAAACCAUUUCAGUGUGAUAUCUGUGAUAAAUCAUUUUCCCAGAAAUGCCAGCUAAGUGCACACGUACGUAUUCAUAUAGAAGAGUAAUUGAGUCUCUCAAAAUCCCUUCAAUGAGAAAAAUACAUACCCAUAGAUAUAUUCACACUGGACAUAAGUGUGGUAACCUCCUCCCAACUUGUAUUUUAUUUAAUCGCAACUAUGUCUACGUUUGGGAGAUAACUUACAACUGUGAUAUUGUUAAUAAAAGCAUUGUUUUUUAACAGGAAGAAAAGACUCUGUUAUUUUAUGUGACAUUGAGAAUAAAUGACUAAGAAAUGUAUACUCCUGAAUUGAGGACAACAUCACCGAAGAAUACACAAACCACAAAAGAAACCAUUUCAUCUUACCAUUAGAUGAUGUACGAGAUAUCUGAUGGAUAGUCUAGAUUACAUAUGUAUCCUGUCAAGGGAUUCGUACAUAAACUUGUGUAAUUUUUCUUUUCUUUAUAACAUGCUUCCUAAAAAUAAAAAUAAAAAACUUAACGGUUAAGCUGAAUGCUAAUUUGCAAGUGUAACUGUAAACUUCAACUUAAUGUAAUUUGAAAAAUGGUGAUAUUUGUGAACUGUCUUCGGUGUUUACAUGUUAAUUCCACUUGCUGUCAUGAGUGGGACACGGUUCUCCUCCAAGAUAUAACAUCAUCCUUUGUCAAUGUUUUGUCUUGCUCAGAAUCUUGAAUUCUGACUCCUUAGGCAUUGCAAAUAUUUUUAAUAACCUAAAAUAUAAAUAAAGCUGAUUUAUUCUAAA